AAAAACACUGUGAGUACACUCGGUAAAUAUUACAAUCAGAACUAGGCAGGAUGUGUUAACCUUAAACCUAUGGCGCUACACCCGAUGUGAAGUGGAAGCUCUUUUCUGAAGAAGAUGGCUGCACGAUUGACCAAGGCGGGAAGAUGUUGGGUGUUCCAAUGUGUGACAAUGCUGGUCAUGUUGCUAGUAGCAAUGAGAUAUCUGUUUAUUGCAAGAAAUGAAAGUCGCCAAGAAGCCGGAAAGAGACCGUUGGAAACUCCCAGGGAGAGGUCGAUUCUCCACGGAAAAGCUUCUCCCUUUAUUGCAAGAAAUGAAAGUCGCCAAGAAGCCGGAAAGAGACCGUUGGAAACUCCCAGGGAGAGGUCGAUUCUCCACGGAAAAGCUUCUCCCGUCCGGGUUGUGGAUAAGAAGAAACAAAACGUGAAACCUGUCAGCGGGCAUCCAAAUCGGAAGAGCAAGAAACUGUGCGUGGAGGGUGUCAUACCUCUGAACAAAUUCGUUCAAUAUGACCCGGAUGUCGACACUGACCUCGCAGUGGUUUCAGCAUACUUCAACGUCGGGCGCUUCAAGAAAGGACUUACGAAAGACCUCUAUUUUAACGUUAAAACUUACACGAAUUGGGCGGGGGCUUUUUCCAACUUGUACAACCCUUUGGUUUUCUAUACAGACUCGGAUAUAUUUGAAAAUAUCAUCAGAACAUUACGGAUUAAACUGCCAAGAAAUCUGACACGAGUGAUACGAGUAAACCAAACGUCCAUGUGGUCAUUUAAACUUCAGGACAGAAUCUCAAAAAUAUACCACGAUCCAAACUAUCCAAAGUUUUACCCAAACACCGUGGUUCCAAAGUAUUCGUGCGCAAUGCACGCGAAAUAUGAAGUAGUGGAAGACGCCAUUUUGAAGAAAUACGUCACUUCCGAUUACGUCACGUGGUUAGACGUGGGCUACUUCCGGUAUUUAAAACGAAACAAACUAUUUAAACUCGUCGUCCCCAAAAGCUUUUCCGACAAUACUGUGGCUUUCAACAAACUUCAUCACCCUGAUCCCGUUUUAGAACCAGAGGUUAUUUUCAAAAACAACAGUUUGUAUGUUGGGGGAGGAAUGUUCAUAGGUACUCAGCAAACGAUGUCGCUCUUUAUCCUUGACUACCGGCAUGCAUCUGAAGUGCUACUGCAUAUGGGACUGAGCAACUCUGACCAGCAGGUGUUGUAUGCAAUGUACCAUAGUACCUUCCAGUCACGUGUCAAUCCUGGGGUUGAUCUACAACUUUACAAGUCGAAUAUUGUUGGUGAUUGUUGGUUUUACCUGGGAUUUCAGUGCUACAGGGAGUUACAUUGACAAGUUGAACACCUUUGGUUGACUUUAGGAACAAUUCCAAAUUCUACUGAUGGAUUUUAUGGAGGAUCAGAACAACCUUUAAAUGUCCAGAGACUUGAUCAGAAAAUCCUUGGUGGAGGUUGAUAACACCCCGUGCUAUCUCUAUUUGAUAGUGACUCUUGUACUCGUAUGCUCAAGAUACAUUCAGAAUUGUAUAAUAAACUCUGGUUUGGGCAACUAUUUCUAACGAA